AUGAUUUUGAAUGCUCUCAGAUACGCAGAGCUUCCAGUCGGUACUCUCGAUCCUGAGGAGAUCGCUGUCAAAGUGGAGGAGAAGUUGUUCACCGUGCACAAGGGUACCGGGGACAAAUACAAAGCCGCUCUCCGCAGUCGUGUUUUCAAUCUGAGAGACAAGAAAAAUCCAGCACUCAGGUCAGUCUUGAUGAUAUUGUUGUGA